CAAUAACAUACACGCUCAGAAUAUUAAGCAAUAUAUUGAAAAUGGCUUCUGCUAAUAAGCUGCCGUUGAAAGCUCUUAUUCAGUUACUGCUUUUGUGUGUGUGCGUUUAUAGCUGGCCAUCAUCACAAAAUGGGCUACAGAUAAACUAUUAUCUAAAUACAUGCCCUAGUGCCGAAUUUAUUGUGAAAGACCAAGUUCAAAAUGCGGCUAAUGACGACCGUGGACUGCCUGCCUCACUUAUACGACUGCAUUUUCACGAUUGUUUCGUGAGGGGCUGUGAUGGGUCGGUGCUGAUAGACUCGACUGACGGUAACAAGGCCGAAAAAGAUGCGGCGGCAAAUGUGAAUAGCCUGAGGGGGUUUGAUGUCAUAGACAAUAUAAAGGAGAAGCUCGAAGAUGAAUGCCCGGGCAUUGUCUCGUGUGCUGAUAUACUUGCCUUUGCAGCCAGAGACAGUUUUGAAAUUGCUGGGAACCUUGGUCCAUUUGGUGGUUAUGAUGUGCCAAGCGGGAGGUUAGACGGCAAAGUCUCGAUUGCCAAAGAGGCACAACAAAACUUGCCGGCUCCAAUAUUUAAUUUGGAUCAACUUACUAAGUCCUUUGCAAGUAAGGGUCUAUCACAAAGAGAUAUGGUCACUCUUUCUGGCGCGCACACAAUCGGGCAGUCCCACUGCUCCUCCUUCAGCAAGAGGCUCUACAGCAAGAAGUCGGGCCUGGACCCAAAUUACGCGGCCGAGCUGAUGCAAGAGUGCCCAGACCCAACAUAUUCCAAUCAAAAUCCGUUUGUUUUCAUGGACCCUAUAACCCCAGCCGAUUUCGAUAACACAUACUACAAGAGCCUAAUUAAGAACAGAGGCCUGUUCACUUCAGAUCAGGCCCUGUUGACAAGCAAACAGACCACUGGACAAGUGAACCAAUAUGCGGUCAAUCAGGAGAAGUGGCUUGACGAUUUUAAGGCUGCAAUGGUGAAGAUGGGGAAUAUUGAUGUCAUAACGAGGGGCAGCCAGAAACGGGAAGACAACGAAGAUAGUGAAGUGCCUCAAGUUUAUGUUUCACUGGAAGGCAUCACAGUUUCUGAGGUGGGCCCUAAGGCCCAUCAGAAGAAAGUGCGAACUGCGAAGCCUAUGCAUAUGGAAGGACUACAAAAACCCAUUAAGAGUGUCAAUGGAGAGCAUGUAGACCCUAUUGUGGCUAAGUUCAACAUCUUGACAUCUCGCGAGGAGAGCUCGGGAAAUGUGGAAAAUGGCUGUGAUGCGUCGGUGCUGAUAGACUCGACUGACGGUAACAAGGUCGAAAAAAAUGCGACGCCAAAUGUGAAUAGCCUGAGGAGAUUUGACGUCAUAGACGAUAUAAAGGCUGAUCUCGAAAGGAUAUGCCCGAGCGUUGUCUCGUGUGCUGAUGCUGCGAAACUUGAUUGGUGGGAUGGUUAUGAAGUGCCAUGCGGGAGGUUAGACGGCAAAGUCUCGAUUGCCCAAGAGGCACAAAAAAACUUGCCGGCUCCAACAUUUAAUUUGGAUCAACUUACUAAGUCCUUUACAAGCGCACACACAAUCGGGCUGUCCCACUGCACCUCCUUCAAGAAUAGGCUCUACGACUCCAGCAAGAGGCUCUAUGGGUUUAGCAAGAGCAAGAGCAAGAGCAACAAGAACUCGAAACGGGACACGAGGAUGGACCCGGAUUACGCGGACGAGCUGCGGAAAAAGUGCCCAAAAUAUAAUUCCCAAAAAAAUUCGUCCUGUGGCUUGCUCACUUCAAACCAAGCCCUGUUGGAGACUAAGGAAUCGAGGUACAUAUUCAACACACUCAAUAAACGGACGGGUGGCAAUAGAAGGGCUUUCAUAGACGCAAUAUUAGCAAUGGGGAAUAUUCAAGUGUUAACUGAUAAAAAUGGGGAGAUUCGACUAACUGCGCAAAGAUCAACGGCCGCUAAGCAAAUCAAGUAUGGGUUGAAUAAGGAUUUAUAUAGAGUUUGA